GGGGGUGUUAGUGGUUUUUUGCUCUUUGCAGAAUUUGUUGGGGAAGGCUUCUAUACCUAUCGUUAUGGGGUGGAAUUCGCUGGGUGGGUGAGAGCUCAGCUGGUUUUCUGCCAGUUGCUAGUAGGUCACCCAGUAGUGUGCGCGUUUGUCCUUUUCUUGUGAAAAUCGCGUGUGCUGGGAGCCGAAAGUUGGUGGAUUUGAUUUUUUCCGGGGCCAGCGUUGAUUCUUUUUUAUCCCUGCAGCAGCUGGCUGGCUGACUGACUAGGUGACUCGACGUGUAAGAGGAUAUGUAUUUGGGGGGAUGGCAAAAGAGGAGAAGAGGGGAUUCAUCGUACCUUCAGCCUGGAAUGUUUCCUGGUUCGUUUCCGGUAGGCUGACGGUGGGUUAGCGGCAAAAUUUUUAAAGUGAGGAAAAGCACUUAAUCUUGGUUUUGACGCUGAAAAUUGGCGAAAAAUCGAAUCGAGUGGAAUGCAGUGAUCCGGUGGAAAACAAUCGAUUCGAGAGUUUUUUCAUGCUCGCUUUCCCGGAUUCGUUUGUAGGAUCGAUUUCUCCGGAAAGAGAUUUGCUGUUUAGUGUUGUUUGGAAAGCGAAUUUUUGAAAACUGAUUCCCAUAACCGUGAGUUGGAAUUGAGGCUGAUGCUAGAAGCACAUUUAUGAGUGUUGACAGGGUGAAAAAAUGUAAGCUAUACCAUGGUGCCCGUGAGCGUGUGUGUAGUUGGCACUUCCGCAUGGAAAGGUUUCUGGGUCGUACAGCUUGCUGCAAUAACAAUCAUGUUUGUUAGCUGUAAUCCGUAAUCGUGCACAGCGGAUAUCCUGGAAAGCUCAAUUCGAAAAGAAAACGACAGAACGUGAUGAAGACGACCAGCAGCGUGAGUCAAGAGGCGAGAAAUUUCUGAUGAAUUCUUAGGAUUAACCAUACAUACGUUCGUACUGUUCCGGGUCUCGGUCCCGGGUAGGUGGAUCCUGAAACACCGGAAACGAUGCUGUGUUCAGUAAAUACACAAACGACGCGUACAGCAAACUUCGCAUGGCGCUGCUGCUUACACAAUGGAAUGCUCCAACCUAGGGUCAUCUUCACACCCAGCAACGACGCUGCUAAUGCUGGCCACCCAAACUAGAAAGUAAACAAUAACAGUGGGCGCCUUGUAAGAAGAACGCGGGCAAGAAAUCCUUAGUGAUUAAAAAUGAUCAGCACCUGGAGCAAUUUUUGUCGAGGAAAAGUCGAAACAGAAGCAACAAUAACAACAAAAACAUCCGUGCCACCACCAUUUUCCAUCGCAUUGCCCCUGAUCAUGGUUGGAAAACUUUUACCAUCGGGCCGCCGUCACAAUUUCCGUCGUCUACAAUCAGUAGGGCAACAGUUUCCCCCACCAGUACUCCAACACCACCCCCACCAGCGUAGAUCAGAAUGAAACAAAGAACAGUGAAAACGCAAAAGCGAAAACGGAAAAGGCGAAAACGUGAGUCCCCAAACUAAAUAGCUUCUUGUUGAAGUGAUAUUAAGCACAUUUCUCUACAAUUGCUCAAAACGGAAAAGAAGCAAUCGAACCAAUAGGGAUAACAAGCAACCAGCCAGCAUGGCAGAAUUGCUAUAAGAAAUGUAAUAAUUCGAUUACCCGUAUAAUUAGUGUGCUAAAAAGUCUAAUCUUGAAUCAUGAUGAAGUGAGUUGGGGUGAAAAAAAGUAUCCAAGCAGAAAAUCGACGUCCGUGUGAAAAAAGGUCGACAGUGAAAAGAAAGCAAUCAAUAAGAAAAUCAACCCGACAGGGUGUACCACCAAUUAAGUCGAGUUAGCUUGUGAGUGUGUAGUACGUGUGUUAGUAGAUGUGUGGGCAUCGUCGUUGAUUUACGGCUAAAUUGCCCUGCUGGGGGUUGUUCAGUGUGACAAAAGUUCGAAAGUUGUGCUGCCAAGAGGGGGGUUCGGGAGGCCUGAGGGAGUGUUAGUGUGUGUGGGUGUAUUUGUAAGUGAGUGUAGUUAUAAUAAAUGAGCAUUAUUCAAUGGCAAUCAACCAGAGUCGGUCGCAUCAGGGGGUUGGUUGGCUCUAAUUGAUGGCCCUCAGAGCGAUGCUUGCCGGUGCGCAAAUGGUGCAGAAGCAAGAGCAGCCGUCAGGUCCCUCCCAAGUGUCCACUACUACUACUACUGAGUCUACUGCAGCUGUUGGCGGCACAACCACCGGCGGAAUCAUGCUGGACAUGAUGAUUACCUUUGGCAAUUUGUCCUCUGGAGGGGAUGCUUCCGGAACAUCUGCCGGCAACCGGACCGGAAACCAUGACCUUGAACUGGGUGGCAGCGACGUUGGGGACGACCAGGUCACCGAUGUUGCCAUCCUCUGUAUGAAAAGUUUAAUCUUCGGAUCUAUCAUCAUCGGGGCUGUGUUAGGGAAUGCACUAGUUAUCAUAUCGGUGCACAAAAAUAGGAAACUAAGGGUUAUAACCAAUUAUUUCGUAGUAUCACUAGCAAUGGCCGACAUCAUGGUGGCACUUUGUGCAAUGACAUUCAACGCUUCUGUCGAGCUGUCGGGAAGGUGGCUGUUUGGCCCUUUCAUGUGCGAUGUGUGGAACAGCUUGGAUGUAUACUUUUCCACGGCCAGCAUACUGCACCUGUGUUGUAUUUCCGUCGACAGGUAUUUUGCCAUCGUCCGGCCGCUCGAGUAUCCCUUGUACAUGACCCAGCGGACGGUUGGCUUCAUGUUGGCCAACGUUUGGAUGCUGCCGGCUCUCAUAUCCUUCACGCCCAUCUUCCUCGGCUGGUACACGACGACCGAACAUCUGGAAACGCUUAAGGACAAUCCGGACCUGUGUAUGUUCGUGGCAAACAAAAUGUACGCCAUCAUAUCCAGCUCCAUCAGCUUCUGGAUACCGGGCAUCGUGAUGGUGGUUAUGUACUAUAGGAUAUUUAAGGAAGCGAUUCGUCAACGGAAGGCGCUGAGCCGGACGAGCUCAAACAUCCUGCUGAAUAGCGUCCAGAUCAACAAUUCCAACACCCUGCACGCGAAUUACCACCGGAGCCACCAUUUGCGUGCCAGUGAUUGCGAUCUGGGAAUGGACAUUAAAGAUAUCCAGCAAGACACCCACAGCGAACUGAGCGACCUGGAUGUCCCCAUCGUGCCGACGAUCGUGAGUACAGACGACGAUCUGUUGGUGCCAUCUUCUCCACCUCGACGGCUCAGCCGCAGUAGCAUCGAUCUUCGGGAUCUGGAGUACAAAAGCGAAGCGAACAAGUUGAAGAACUCCGACAGUGUAAGUUCGAUUUUUCCGCUGCACUACGAAAACAAUCUGCGCUACUCGGGCUCGGAACCGAUCGCGGUGAAGGAAGCUCAACAGAGAAGACGAUCGUCGCGAAAGGAGAGCUUCAAGCAAAUGAAUUUCUUCCAGCCGUUCUUUUCCCGCAACAGUUUGCUGAAAUCCUACAUCAAGGGAAGCAGCGGGAAUGGAGUUAAUGGAGAGUUGAACAACAGUAGCCAUGCGAAUAAUCGGGCAACUUCGGAAAAGAAGCUGAACAAUAAGAACGAUGACAAUCGAUCUAACAACAAUAUAAUAGAUUUGAUCAAUGUAACUUCGUCGUUGGAUAAAGGAAGUUCUGUGGGUGGACAAAAAGAGGUCAACACUCAGAAAAGACAUCAAAUAGCUGCUAGCGAAUCAGAUUUUCUAACGAUGAUUCAAAAACAGCGAUCGCAGCAAAGACUGGGGAAAAAUAACGCUAGUGUCAAAAAUAGUAAAUGCAAGGAGGGAUCUCGAGAAGAUCAGCUGAUUUACGCUCUCAGUGAUUCGGAUUUCACAUCCGCUUUUCAGGGAGAUGAGGCGAUCCUGAAGAGUUUUAAAAACUUUAAGGCGGGUACCGAGCCUAAGGAAGGAAUUUUUAAAAUAGUACUGAAUGGCGAGGGUGGCACUGCCGGAACAACAACGGCGCCAAUCAACGAUACCCCAGAUAUUCUGAUCGGUUGUUUUGAUCAUGGCUUCAGUGGGACACGCUCGAUGAGCCCCACUAGCCCGAAGGAAGUGGUCAACGUAUGUGGCGAAGAAAAUGCACUCAUCAAAUCACCCAACUACAAAGUUGUGAAUAGUUCUAGUAAUAAUAUUUCAUCAGCACAAAACAAUAGCGCACUUAAUGAUAGCAAUCUAAGUCAAACAGAUGGCAAUUACGUGGUGGAUCUGAUAUCAACCAUAGCUUCGGCUGGAUCCCCACCUCAUUCAGCCGGGCUACUUCCGGAGGCCAUUUCCCGUGAGAACGAUCGACUGAAAAGUUGUGAUAAGAGUAUUUUCGAUAAUCUUAAACCUCUGGCACCACUGGCGAUCGACAGUGGUAGUCCGGUAAACAUGCUGAGUGAGGCUUCCACCAUAUCCCUAGACCUGGUGACAACAGGUCCUAGCACAAAAUUACAAGUUCCUACUGGCGCCACCGACGGUUGUCCGAUUCCGACGAUUGGGGUGGCCGUAACAGAAGAUACCAUCAAUCCGGUGGACCCAGCGCCAGAGAUCACAAACAAUCCGGAUAUCAUAAUCGAGAACAUUCGUAACGAUAGCCUGAACAAUCAGCAAAUUCAGCAGCUUUCGGCGGCCACCUCGACGACUGCCGUGAUGCCUCCGUCCAUCAUGAUGUCCCCAUCGCCGCUCCAUCAUCCGGGACUGCAGCGAAAACGACAAUCGUCCACCGUCACGUACAAUAUUAACGUAAUUAAUUUCAGCGACAACCCGGACGAGGACGGCACCAGCAGCUAUCAGAUGAAUAACAAUCGAUCCGGAAACGGAUUUGGCGACAGCAGCCGACCGGGAACUGGCGGAAGGUCCAAUAGCUCAACGAAUUCAAGCCAAAAGCACAACCGUCGAGGCGCCAUCUGCAUCGUGAUCAACAACGACAACGUGGUCAAUGCGACGGAUACGGACACGGAUUUCGACGACGACGUGUUCCGAUCAGGCGAUCAUCCGGCGUCCAUUUGCCCGGACCAGUGCUGUCAGGCUGCAGGACAUCCCCAGGACGAUGGUUCCUCUUCCGACUGUCGACAUAGCAAGUUCCGGAAGAUCAAAUGUCUGUGGAACCAUUUCAAGCGCCACGGAUUGCGCCGGCGAGUUCCGACGUCGAGGCGCCGCAAUGAACCGUGUGAUCACAGGGCGUCGGCGUCAAUGGCGGGUGGGGGAAGCUGCAUGACUCGAUUGACUGUCCCCACCAUGAUGGUUCCGGGGACGGCUUCUAGCAGCCGAUGUGGCAGUGUGGCUUUCGGGGAAGGUGGCACAUCAACCAGGCAAUCGAAGGGCUGGCGGGCGGAACACAAGGCGGCCAGGACCCUUGGGAUCAUUAUGGGAGUUUUUCUGCUCUGCUGGUUGCCGUUUUUCUUGUGGUACGUCAUCACGGCGCUGUGCGGCGACGAGGCGUGCCCUUCACCGGAUGUUGUCAUAACGCUGCUCUUCUGGAUCGGCUACUUCAACUCGACGCUCAAUCCGCUAAUCUACGCCUACUUCAAUCGUGACUUUCGGGAGGCGUUCCGGAACACGCUGCAAUCGCUACUGCCCUGUUAUGGCAAGAAAAGCCCCUACGGCAGCGCCUACUACGUGUAGUAUUAAGUGUUUUGCGUGUGUGGGUGAGCGCGUAUUUGUUGGUUUUCUAGAAAGAUUACAAUAUUUAUCUAUAGUUUUGUUUUUUUACAAGCUGAGGAAGAGAACAUAUUUUGCGUGUGAGCAAUAGAGGCUUUCGUUCGGACAAAAUUUUUUGUCACUAGAGAUAUAAGUGAGAGUUGGUGGAUUCAUGUCCGAGAUCUAGAGGAAUAACUAAAUGGCUUUCCUUCAUUCAAACGGAUGUGAGGAUUGAGAUCACGGUAAUUUUAUUAUUAUUACUAGCAGACCCGGUAAACUUCGUCUUACCAUUUUAAACUUGGCGUCUAUUUCAAUUUUUUUUUCACUGUUUGACUUAAAAAAAGCAUCAAAUCUUGAGUUGUUAAUCGUCUCGCUUUCUUGAACAUGUCCUAGUUUUUAAACAUAUCCAUCUUUUCCGUUUGCUCGAAUUGGCCUGCUCAAUUAUAUUGGAAUCAAAUCGAGGAAUUUUAACUCAAUUCUACGGGUCUUUUAACUGAUUAUUAAAAAAAUAUCUCCAAUAAAUUUUACAUACAUCUUACAUGAAUCCUUUUCAUUUACAUUUCUUUGAUUUGGAUGCUUUGAAUAUUGCCGAAUGAUAUCAGGUAUCAGCUUCCCGUUGCAAAUUCGAUUUUUCCAGCAUUCAACGUUACCAUCAAACUUGGCAAACUUCAUGCUAAAAAAAAUCCACUCUUUAUAACUUGUUCCAUAAAUAACAUAUGUUGAUUAUAUCUAUGUUUCAUUUAUUGUAUACAAUUUAAUUGAUUGACUCCGCUUUGCUCGAGUUCACUUUAAGCUUUAAAUCGAAAUAAAAAGUUUCUCAUUUAUUGGAGUUUAUUGCAUAUGAAACUUUAUGGAAGAAGAAUUUUGAAUAUCGGGACAAUUUUUGGAGUGUUUACUCAAUAUUCUGCCUAGCGCAGCACUUUUAGCUCCCAAGUAGCUUUUGAUGGUAGAUUUUUUAGAACUGAAGAAAUAAAAACAUAAGAGAUGACUUUUUUCAAACCAUUUUCAAGCAGCUUAACUUUCCUCACAUUUGGAAGCAGUGGUUAUAUUUUCAUCAAAAUCAUGUCCAAAAAAAGGUUUGCCCUUUUUUUUAGCAAAAAUGCUAAUUAAAUCAAGAAGUUAAUAUUCAAAGAAAUUUAAUUUGGUUUUGAAAGGAGAGAAGAUAUGAUUAAAUUUUUUGUUAUUCAACCGAAUUAAAGCAUUUUUAUCUUCUUUUUUAUCCUUAAAUACAUACCUGCCAAUUUAAACCAUUGUUGUCUGAUUUAAAAUUUUCCUAAACAGUGUUGAAGGUGAUUUGCGAUUCUGUUUAAGAUUAUGUGAUAUUUUCAAGAUUCAAUAAGAUUUAAUUGGAACGCAGGUUAUAAAAAAUUCAAAACAUAAAAAAGAACUAAUCUUUCAAGGCUACGAUAGUUUCAUGAGUUCAUUUUUUUUC